UUAAGUGACUUGCCCAGGGUCACACAGCUGUGAAGUGUCUGAGGUCAGAUUUGAACCUAGGACUUCCUGCCUCCAUAACUUUUUAAAGACCUUUUUCUUAUGCUUUCUUAGACUACCAAGAGUAGUUCCAUGACCACAACUACCAGUGCUUUCAGUGCCCUGGACUGCAGCUCCUGUGGGUCUGUCUGGAGACUCAUUUAAAUGGGAGCUCUUUUCUCUCUUGAUGCUCUCUUUGGUCCAGUUUAAAUGAUUAAAGUAGAUAGAAAUGGGAAAAGCAGAAUUCUAGGAAAGGUGCCCCUUUGCCAGUUCCUGGAUGUCAGACCUUUUCCUGUGCCUGUUCUUCCAGCUGACUCAGUGUGGACGCCAUGAUCAGAUCCCUAAAACAGACUUUGCUGUCCCAGAACUUGGAGUCACCAAAAUGGAGCUCCGCGGAGGUUUUGGUGCCCGGAUGUGAACUCCGGCAUUAUGAGGCUGGCAUAUGGGCCAGCACCGUGAUCAAAGGUGGCGGGCAGAAGGAGGCACUUCGUCAAGGGUUCAGGAAACUCUUCCACUACAUGCAGGGGGAGAAUGAGCCAGAGACUAAGAUUGAGAUGACAGUGCCAGUGACCUGCUUGGUACAGCCUGGCACCACUGAAUACAAGGUUUCCUUCUUUGUACCAACUAAGCAUCAGAAUUCUCCACCAGAGCCCACAGACCCGGAUGUGUUCCUUGAGCAGAGGAAAGGAGCAGCCAUUUUUGUCAGGUCAUUUGGAGGAUUUGCUUCUGUGGAAAAAUUCAGCAAAGAGGCAAAAGCUCUGGCAGAUACUUUGGAAAAGGAGGGUCAAUCCUUUCAUUCUGAUUUCUACUAUACUGCUGGCUAUAAUAGACCUUUUACACUCUUCAACAGACAUAAUGAAGUAUGGUACUUCAAGAAGGAAGAGGUGGAAGGGUUGUGGAUGGCAAAGAACUUCCUUGGAAAAAUUGGCAAACUUCUGAUCUAAUGGACACUAUAGUGAAGGAAACCUGGGCAACUAUCUCAACUGCCACUGGCUUGCAGUUUGUGAAUAUCUGUAUGUACCUGCCAUUUCUUUUUUUCUUUAUUUUCUUGUCAAAUGAAUUAUGUACAAUGGUUUGCAAACUUUAAAACUGUACUUUUCCUUAUUAAAAGUUUUGUAGUUAAAAUUUUUCCAGUUACUCAAAUUGACUAAUGUCACUUAAAUAUUCUUUCCUUUUUAAAAUAUACCUCAUAAUCUUCUGAAGGGAUGCCAUAUCAUCCUUCCCUUUAAUGGUGCUAAGUGAG